AUGCAUUUCCAAACUCUCCUAGCAUUGACUGCUCCCGUCCUGUCCCUCGCCUAUCGCUUCAACCCGCUGGAACAUUCCGCGGGUAUAGCUCCCUACUUCAACCCCCACAACCCUCCUAUUCAACCCUCCCCUCCACAAGGUUGCAAUGUGACCAGGGCAUCAUACCUUGUCCGCCACGCCGCCAUUUACGCCAAUGACUUCGAUUACGAAACAUACCUCGAGCCGUUCACGGACAAGCUCGAAAAUUCCACGCAAGACUGGUCACAAACGAGAACACUCAAGUUCCUUUCCAACUGGACUGCACCUAUCAGCGAUGAGCACAUUGAGAAAUUGACCGCUGUUGGGCUGCAAGAGGCACGAGCCCUAGGAAUCAGCCUGCACAAGAAAUAUACACACCUCAAAAAGCCCGCCAAAGUCUGGUCGUCUACCGCUGACCGGACUGUAAAGAGUGCGGAGAGCUUUAUUUCGGGCUUCACCAACAACCACACCAGCUCCAUCAACUUGACUCAGAUUGAAGAGAGCAAGACCGCUGGUGCGGAUUCUCUGACACCAUACAAGGGCUGCUCGGAGUACAGCUCCUCCUAUGGCAGUGACCAAUCUUCUGCAUUUGGCAAGGUCUACACGAAGCCGAUCAUCGCGCGUCUGAAAGCGGAAGCACCCUCUUUCAACUUCACCCAAGAUGACAUCACGGCCAUGUUCGAGCUUUGCGGAUACGAGACAGUCAUUCGCGGCUCUUCGCCAUUCUGCUCUCCUGCGCUAUUUACCUCCGAAGAAUGGCUUUCCUUCGAAUACACUAAUGACCUGAUGUACUUCCACAACACUGGCUACGGUCGGCCCCUAUCUGCAACUCUCGGUCUCCCAUGGGUGAAUGCCAGCGUUGCAGCUCUAGACGACGAGUCUUCAUCACAGGAGCUAUACGUCUCCUUCACACAUCGCGAGCUUCCUCCGACAGUUAUUACCGCGCUCGGACUCUACAACAACAGCGCUUAUACUGGCGCUAAUAAUGUUAAUGGGACCAUGCCCCUAGAUAGAAUCAACUAUAACCGCGCUUGGAAGAGCAGUGAGAUCCUGCCCUUCCUCACCAAUAUUGCUAUCGAGAAGAUGUCGUGCAAGAGUUAUGGCUAUGACGAAGGAGAGUACUAUCGCAUCUUGAACAACGCUGGUCCUCAGCCAUUGGUGGAUUGUCGAGACGGGCCGAGUGGAAGCUGCUCGAAGAAGCAAUUUCAUGCGUUCUUGAGGGAGAGAGAAGAGGCGUUUGGGGAUUACAAUAAGGCGUGUGGCGGCGGUGAUCUGCCCGAGAUUUUGUCCAUUUAUGAGGCGUAA